CCAUAGUCAUAUCUCCAAGUGUUAACUUCCAAAGAAAAUUCACAAAAAAAAAGUAAGAAAAAUUAUGCAAAUCCUAAUCAGUUGCACUUUGAUUCUUGCUUUAAUUUCACCAUGUUUUGGAAGCAAUGACGCAUCUUAUAAUGUGAUGAAUUUUAGUGCUGUGGGAGAUGGCAAAACAGAUGAUUCAGCAGCAUUUUCGAAAGCAUGGGAAAGUAGCUGUGGAGCAGAAGGGACGCCAACUUUACUAAUUCCAACAAACUAUGUAUUCUUGUUGUCUGCCCUAAUUCUAAAGGGUCCUUGCAAGGCCACGACUAUUCUAAUUAAGCUUGAAGGGAAAAUAGUUGCACCUACGAAGUAUUCAUGGGUAGGUGAUAAUAAGGAGAGUUUGAUCGCCAUCACAAAGGUGGACAGACUGACAGUGGACGGAACCGGAGGAUUGAUAGACGGGUUUGGUUCUUCUUGGUGGCCAUGCAAAAGUUGUCCACGACCAUCAAUUCUUACUUUCAAAUAUUGCAAUAAUCUUACUGUUCAUGACUUCACCGUCACCAACAGUCCAAAAUCUCACAUACACGUACAUGGCUGUGAGAAUGUUACGUUUUCUCGUAUCAAUGUCACUGCUCCUGCUGACAGCCCCAACACCGAUGGUAUUGACGUUACUUUUUCCAAAAACGUCUUGAUUCAGGAUUCCUCUAUGCAAACUGGUGAUGAUUGUAUUGCCAUUAGUGGUGGCUCCUCUUUAGUCAAUGUUACUGGGAUUGCUUGUGGACCAGGCCAUGGAAUAAGCAUUGGUAGCCUAGGAAAAAGGAAUGACACAGUGGAAGGAGUACAUGUACGAAAUUGUAGCUUGACAAAAACUAAAUAUGGAGCAAGAAUCAAAACGUUUCCGGUUGGAAUUGGUUGUGCAAAGCAAAUCACUUUUGAGGAAAUAACGUUGGUAGAAACCCGUUACCCAAUAUUUAUUGAUAAAAACUAUGGCAGUUAUCGUUCAACGGAUGAAGAAGUAGAAGUGAGUGGGGUGACAUUCAGAGGGUUUCAAGGAACAUCCUUUGAUGGCAAAGCUAUAACCUUUGACUGUGGACAAUCAGGUUGCUACAACAUCGUAUUGGAUCAAAUAGACAUUGUUUCUUCUCUACCAGCAAAGCCAGCCUGUUGUUCUUGCAAUAAUGCCCAUGGAACAGUUACAUCUACUGUUCCAAAUUGUUCUUGUUUAUUGCCAUGAAUUUCUUUUCUUAUGUGUAAAAGUUAAAUGAGCGCAAUUGGUUCAAUAAAUAUUAAUUAAU